GAUUGGUCAAUCUGCGGUCCAUGCCUAAUACGAUCGUCUGGACGACGUCCACGGAUCACAGUCAAGAUGAGUCUGAGAAAACAAACCCCCAGCGACUUUCUGAAGCAGAUUAUCGGGAGACCUGUGGUCGUCAAACUGAACUCCGGUGUGGAUUACAGAGGUGUCCUGGCCUGCCUGGAUGGUUACAUGAACAUUGCCAUUGAGCAGACUGAAGAGUAUGUCAAUGGGCAGCUCAAGAACAAGUACGGAGAUGCUUUUCUCAGAGGGAACAAUGUUCUGUACAUUAGCACCCAGAAGAGGAAAGUGUAGAGAAGAUCAUUCUGUUUCAUUUUUAUUUUCCUAUGUUUGACGUGGCAGUGGACAACUGCCUGAUGUUUUUUUCUUAUGUAAAGUCUGAAGUCCUGAAGAAUGAUUGUUUUUGUAAAAGUGGAAUAAGUAAAUAAAUCCCCAGUUUUGA